CGAAACAACAGCCAUAACUUUCAUCUAGCUUGAAACAGAGGUCGGGUGAACUCUGCUCGAUCGACAUCUCCCGGAGUAUAUAACUUCAUCAACCAUGGGUCGUCCUGACUCGGAGGCGCCGGCGUCGAGCGUUGCCUACGGAGGCAGCGGAGGCGCGGCGGCUCCGGCGGGGACGAGGGCAGACUCGUCUUUCGAGACCAACGUGGUGAUCAUCCUAGCCGUGCUCUUCCUCGGGCUGCUCCUCAUAAUCGCAGUCAACUCGCUGGCGCGGUGCGCGCUCCGGCGCGUGGGGCGCGUGGCCGCGGCCGCUGCCGGCGAGGGCCGGGCGUCCGCGCGGGUGGCCUGCAGCGGCAGCGGCAUCAAGAGGCGCGUCCUCAGGAGCCUCCCCGUGGAGGUGUACGGCUCAGGGGAGGACAUCGACGACGUGUGCGCCAUAUGCCUCAGCGAGUUCGUGGACGGCGAGAAGGUGCGCGUGCUGCCGCAGUGCGCGCACGGCUUCCACGUCCGCUGCGUCGACGCCUGGCUGGUGUCCAACGGCUCCUGUCCCACGUGCCGGCAGCCGGUCAUCGAAGGCGCGCCCGCGAAGGCGGCGGAGACGAACACGACCGUCACCGUGGUCAUCGUGUGAGACUGUGAGUCCAUCGCGCGACCAAGCAUGCCAUUGCUGCCGGUACAGCACAGUCCCGCAUGCGCAAGCUCUUGUGGUUGUGGAAGUUUCCGGCAAUGAUUGCUGCCGUGCUUGUCAGCCGCAGCUUGCUAGUGGAAUGUACAGUGUAUAUGAUCGAAGAGCUCAAUUGUUAGUGUAAAUAUUCGACGGCGCAUAAUGCUGUACUGACAUACUACUAUGAGUAAACAGUUUUGGUGAAGUAGGGUUGCCUUUGAUUCUCCGUCUGUCAUGGGACUAACGACCAGCAAAGUUGCUGUCUUUUUAAACGGAGUUCCAUAAAUUGAAAUAAAUGUCUGGGACAU